AUGGCACGUCGUGAGCUCAUUCACUUGCUUGAGCUGAUGCCCGAAAAAAAGGAUUUGGCCGUGGAGCCGUGUUUGAUGCGUCCACUGGACAAAAUUGCCUCCAUGUCAAUACUGCAAGAGCAUAAUUGCGCUCACGUG